AUGGCAGUGACAAUGCAUUUGACAUGGUUGCAAGAAAAGAUCCUGCAAAAUUAAAUUGGAGAAAAGUGGCUUAGCCUUCUCUAUAAGGCUAGUGUCCAUGGAUUCUCUAAACAAGCGUUGCUUGAUAGAUGUUGUAAUCAAGGGCCUACUCUAACAGUGAUUUAUAGUGGAGAUCAUGUUAUUGGAGCUUAUUCACAAAUGAGUUACCAGCAAGGAAAGUAUGCUGCCAUCCUCCUUUUCACACUUCAAGAGACUAAAAUUUCAAAAUGCGAAACGGGACGAUAUACACCAGACAUACUGUUUGAUGAUGAAAAUAUACAAUAUUAUUCCAGUGAUUUCCAGAUAGAUGCAAGUAACCAAAAAGUGAUUAUGAGCUCAAAUAAUAUUGAAAAUCUUGGACUUGGCCAAAAUCGUACUAUGUCUAUUCAGGAAUGUGAAGUUUUUCCUUGUGAAGAUUUACUGGACGAGAGAAAGAUAAAAGUGGUCGCUGAGCUCAGGAAGAGCUUAUUGUCUGCCUUGAGAAUUUAUGAAUCAUAUGGAUCCCUGGUUCAAAAAAUACGAAUUCUGCCUCUGGGUCCAGUUGGAGCCGGGAAGUCUAGCUUUUUCAACUCAGAGAAGGUCUGUUUCCAAGGGCAUGUAACACAUCAGGCUUUGGUGGGUACUAAUACAACUGGGACAUCAGAGAAGGUAAGUACAUUUGAGGCCACCUAACUUUUGCUUCUCUUUUCAAAUUAAUUAUAUUUCAAAAGCCUUUUACAGAUCAACUUUAUUACAUGUAGAUUUCAUCUCAAUUUACAAUAAAACGUUAUUCUUGGCUGGGUGCGGUGGCUAAUGCCUGUAAUCCCAGCAUGUUGGGAGACUGAGGCAGGCAGAUCAUGAGAUCAGGAGUUCAAGACCAGCCUCACCAAUAUGGUGAAACCUCAUCUCUACU